AUGGAGCAGAGAGACGAACAGGACGUGCCGCCACGAGAGUCCGACAACACGGCCGGGAGAGGACCGCGGCGCUACUUUGUGAUCAAAUGCAGCGGCGCAGGCAGCUUGCACAGAUCCAUGGCCACAGGGCAGUGGGCCACCCCCUGGCGCAAGACUCCUCCGCAGCCACAUCACCUCCUUCAACAGGCCUAUGCCGAGGCCGAGGAGGUGGUACUGCUCUUCUCUGUGGCGGGGACCAAGUCGUGGAAGGGCUAUGCUGUCAUGACCAGUGCCACUGGCGAUGCAGCCAGUGGCGAUGGCGACCCCUCUGCCUUUCCUGCUUUCUCGGGGCUCGCCGACGAGGUGCAGGCGCUGGACAGGCUGGCGCCGCCGAUCGGGGUGCGGUGGGUGCGCCACUUUCCGGACGUCGUGCAGCAGGGCUUGCCCUUCGCCCGCACCGCCGCGCUACUCAACCAGCUCGAUGGCGGCCAGACCGUCAACCUGUCGCGCAACUGUCAGGAAGUAAGCACCACCGAAGCCGAGGAGUUGUGCGCGUUGCUGGACGAGGCUGUGGCCGUCGAAGAGCGCAAGGCAGCCGAGGCUCUCCGGCAGAGGGAAGAGGAAAAGGCCAAGCAGACCCACUUCUUUGUAGUCUCUGAGGACACAGCGCACAGCACGCGAUGGGCCGGCUUCGUCGAGGAGGUGUCCAAAGUGGGCACGCUGCUCUAUGCGGGCCACAUCGGGAGCCGCAGCUACAACCUCCACACGGCCCAGAGCGACGUCGACAUGUUGGCCAUCGCCGCCUAUCCCACAGAGCAGAUCCUCUCUUUCGUGCCGCCCAAGCACACGAUCAAGAACGCCGAGGGCUUCGAGCCGGAUUUCACUCUGCACGAAGUGGCCUACUUCUGCCACCUCCUUCUCCAUGGGGAUGCCCGCAUGGUGGAGGCCCUCUUCCAGGACGAGCACGCGGUCGUGUGCCAGAGCGAAGAGUUCGCGGUCCUGCGGAAGAAUCGCGAUCUGUUCCUCACCAAGCAGGUGCUGGACAAGUACCUGGGCGAGGCCACCGGCAGCAAGGGCAUCCCGCGGCUUCUUAAGAUGCACCAAACUCUCAAGCCCGGCGACCAAGAGGGUGCGCUGUGGCUUUGUAAAAAGUGGUACAUUGUACACCGCCUUCUUGUGCAGGCUCGGCAGCUGGUGAGCGGCCAGGGGCUGACACUGUGGCUCGACGACGCGUCCGAGGACCGCCAGUUUUUGCUCAACGUGCGACAGGGCCUCUUUGAGCCCCACGACCUCCUCGCCCGUGCGCAGCUGGCGCUGGACGAGAUAAGACGGAGCGCUGCGGCGAGCGACUGCCCGCUUCCAGCCGAGGUCUCGCCCGCGGGCAAGGCCCUGGUGCAGGAUUGGCUGCUCAAACUGCGACUGUCCCGCGUGCCUCCCGUGCCCUCCGAGGCCGCCGCUGGGCUGCCCGAGCUGGGACUCGAUGCGGCCACCACGGGUCCCAUUCUCCUCCUGACCCGACGGGACAACACAUACUUUGGCGUUCAUGCGACACCACCGCGGCUCUUACUGGCCGACCACGCCGUCCGCUCCAGUGCAACCGUCAAAACUCUUUCGGCGGAAGCAGCCGGAGGCGACAAGGUGGAUUGCCAGCUCUAUGACGUCAGCAAGUUCGCUGAGAUGCUGCAGGCCGGCAGUCCCACCUGCCUGGAGGCGCUCUUCCCGGACAGGAGCGGCCCCGCCUCCUCUUCCUCGUUGAGCUACCUCUACGAGAGCCCGCAGUGGCUCGAGCUCAAGCGGGUCCGGGACCAGCUAGUGACCCCGCAUGCCCUGCGGCGGCUGGUGGGCUAUCUCGACGGGCAGCUGCGCCAGCUCCGCAAGAAGAAGGGCAAGAACUGGCAGAGGCAGAAGCAGAAGCCACAAAGCGCAGACGUCGCUGGACCAGAGGAGCCCGUGCCUGCCGAGUUCUGGCGGCUGCUGGCACUACUGGACAGCCUUCUUCUGGACGCUCGCGAGACCAGUUGUGAUGCCCCACCGGUGGCUGCGGCGGCAAGUGGAAGCCCGGCCGACGCACAAGCGGCCUUGUCGGUGCUGGCCGCCAAGUGUGAGCUGGUGGAGGACCGACCAGGCACUGAUGAUGCCGUGAACCUCACCUUGCACCACUGGGUGGUCAACGGUCCCGCCGCCGCCGAGAAGCGCGCCUGCAGAAACUCCUCGGCCUCCUCCAUUCGCUUCACCAGCGUGCGGUUGGCGUCGUCGCCCUCCACGCUCUCCAGCGCACACUCCUCCCAGCAGCAGUCGUGGAAGCUGAUGGUCGUCUUGUCGCCCGCCGCCGACGCCAGGGUGUAG